UUGCUGCCCCUUUUCCUUUCUCUCUCUCUCUACUUUCUCUCUCUCCUCUCUCUCUCUCUCUCUAUCUCUCUUUCUCCAUUAGAGACUGACGGGAUUAUUUUCCGGCAUUGACUCAGCUCAGAGGGACCCCAACUCCGGCUACCAGACUCACUGCCAGAUCGGCCGUGUCAGGUGAAGGUUGUAUGAGAGAGAAAUGUGUUUGGGGGCUUUGGAAGAGUAGAAUUCAGGCAAAUGGGAAAAAACAAAACAAGGGCUGUCAGGGUUUUGGCGCUUAGCAGCAAUUUUUUAGCUGCUAAGAGGAUUUGAGUUAAGAAGAACAGAGAAGUGGAAGAAUUGUGCAGGAAUUCCAAGGGGACGAGAAUGAAUUUUAGAGGAGGAGUUUUGAUUCCACCUGAUAAGCAACUUCAAUUUGUGGAUUCAUGGAUACCUGUGACACCAGAGAAGCCAAUUCCAACAAGAUCUCAUCCGAUCCCAGUCGACCGGCUCGGGAACCAACUGGGGACACCAAAUUGGCAUCUGGCCGGAGAGGUGCAGAAUUGCAAUGGGUUCGUGCAAAAUUUGAACCCAAUUGGACAGGUAGUUCAGAAUGGAGGAUGCUAUGGCUAUGAAGGAGGCUUGGCUGAGAAAACCCGGAUGAUUGAUCACAUUGUAAGCCCCUAUACUCAGACCUUUGAUAAUGACACCACUGGUUGGAAGACUAACCCAAUAACACAGCUUCUGCUAAUGCAGAAUGCAGAUUUUCUAGCCACUGCAAACAGAGGCCUCAACAGAAGUGUAAACAUUGCCUCAGAUAGACCUCUGAUUCCAAAUUCGCGUUCUCAAGUUGACUGCAACCAGAGACAGAAUCACUCUGGUACUCUGUUUCUCAACAACCAGAAUCACCACUCUGGUUAUACCCCCUUGAGUAAUUUGGCAAAUACACCUCUGAUUCCGAAUAUGCAUGCUCAAGUUGAAAAUGGAAGAGAUUCAUAUCUGGGUAGCUUGUUUCUCAGCAAUCAAAAUCACUACUCUGGUUCAAAGCCAGUGAGCAACGUUGACAGCUUCUCCCAGAUUCCUCUGAAUGGAUUCCUUGUACCACACCAACCGUACUAUGAUCUGAAUUCUCCACCAAAAGAAUCAGAUGGUGUCUCUGGUGUUACCGACACCCUCCAGUUCAGACCAAUAACAUUAACACCAGAUCAAGUCAGCAAGUUGGAGAACAACCAGCUUUCUGCAACAUUGGACUUCACAAGAAAUGAAAUCUCAAGUUAUGAGAAAGACAAGGAGACUUUAGUCACAUCAACAGAAAACCAGGUACCUCAGCAACAUAGUGAUGAACUCCUGCAGAGCAUUGUAGACUCGUCACCUGCUGCCAUUUCUACACUACACCAGGAAAACAAAGAUUCUGAGAAGGGAGAUUUAGGCAUUGAUCUGAACAAGACACCUCAACAGAAACCACCAAGACGAAGAAAACACAGGCCCAAGGUAAUCACUGAAGGCAAACCCAAAAGAACUAGGAAGCCUGCAACUCCAAAAGCUACUGCAGAGAACCCAACAGGAAAGAGAAAAUAUGUACGUAAGAAUGUUCAGAAAGAACCAAUAACUGAACAUGCAGAUGCUACAAGGGGGACGACAGAUCCUAAAGAUGGAACUGCAGUAAAAUCAUGCAGAAGAGUUUUAAAUUUUGACUUGGAGAAUACCAGAGAUGAAAGCCAGGGCAAAGUAGAUGGUCAGCAAGAUUUGCAGCAUAGAAAUCAAAGGACCUUCAUUUUGAAUUCAGACACUCAAGCUACACAAUUGUGCUCUGGAACAUAUAGUGUGAAGUCAGCUGUGCAGAUAGACCAACGGAAUGAAUUAAUGGUAGAAUACCAGCCACCUGGAACCAUAAGCAACCUAACCCCUUCCAUGAAUCCGUUACAGACUGACUGUAGAUCACUGCAAGAAUGGCGAGCAAGUGUAGCCCAAUUAGCUACAACAAAAGACCGGCAAAUAGAAGAUUUACGUGCCAUUGAGAGAAAUGUAGAAAAGGGAUAUACUUAUCCCACCCAGAACAGGUGCAGAAAUGGAUUCACUCCCAUACAGCAACAAAUUCAUGCAGAAGGAAUGGACCAAGUUGUCUUUCAAGCGAAAACUAACCGUGAAAGCAUUGAGAAAGCAAUGUCCACCCCUCAACCAGAACAAAAUUUUCAAUCCAAUUUGAGUGCAGCAAGGGGGUACAAGAGACAACAUUCUCACACUACGGAGCACAUGAAUCCCAGUAUCAAAAACCCAAUGGGCUCAUUGUUGUGCCAAAAGAUAUCUCAAGUGCAUGAACGUCACAGAAAUGGUUGCAUUGUUAGCACGGGUUUUUCAGAAAGCCACAAAAAGAAGAAAAUUGAGAGUGGAUUCCAUAAAAACAUCUCUGGAAUGCAUUGUGUUACAGCAGUUGAAGAUGGUUGGGGAAAAGUUAGGGCAAAACAUGGGCAUGAUACCAAUGCAAAUGACAGUACUACAAAAAUGAACCAUGAAAUUUUGAACUCCUACUUAGAAAGUAACGAAAUUGCAUUGAGAUUAAGUGAGGUAAACAAAUUUACCAUUGACAGGACCAAUCACUCCAUGGCUGCCAGAAACUUUCUGCCAAUGCAACAGUUUUCAUCUGAACUGCAUUCACACACAGAAAGGAUGGGAGAGACCAACAGCCUAACUCUGGUCCAAAGCUUUCCUUCCCUAGCUGACAUUCAGGAUCAUAACCUGCACCAGCAAUCCCCCCCCAAACAAGUUCCUGAACUGGAGAAUGGACAGUUACUCCAAACUUCCAGUGUGAAGUCAGCUAGAAGAAAUAAAAAGCUGAAAAACCCAGAUGCCAAUUAUGAUCUUCAGAAAUCCUCAGCAAAAAUACAAGGUCCACCAGCAUACCACACACCUAUUGAUGAGAUAACAUAUAAAAUGGAGGGUCUUCAUCUUAACGAGGGAAGCAACAAAUUGAUAGGGCAAGAGCAUAAAGCACUUGUCCUAUACAAAGGAGAUGGUGCACUUGUUCCAUAUGGAGAGGUUGAAUUUUUGAAGAAACGUAAGCCACGGCCUAAAGUAGACCUUGACCCAGAAACAAAUAGACUUUGGAAUCUUUUGAUGGGUAAAGAAGGAACCGAAGGCCUUGACGGAACUGACAAGGGGAAGGAGAAAUGGUGGGAAGAGGAAAGGAAAGUUUUUCGUGGCCGAGCUGACUCAUUUAUUGCAAGAAUGCACCUUGUUCAAGGAGAUAGACGCUUCUCGCGAUGGAAAGGAUCAGUUGUUGACUCAGUGAUAGGAGUCUUCCUUACCCAAAAUGUUUCAGACCAUCUUUCAAGUUCUGCCUUCAUGUCUCUGGCAGCACGAUUUCCUCUCAAGUCAACAAGCAACAACAGGACAUGCGACAACAUUGGGACAGAUACACUAGUUGAGGAAUCAGAAGUCUGCAUUAUAAAUCAAGAUGACACCACCAGAUGUCUUGAAAAGGUAUCAAGUCAAACAAUCUACAAUGGAAGCUAUAUGGCACACCAUGAAUUAACAGAGCAUCAAAGAGACAAUGAAACCACAGGAAUAGAAAGGAGGAGCCUAAUGGAUGCACAUAGUCAGAGCAUGGAGGAAGAAGUCAUAUCAUCACAAGAUUCUUUUGAUUCCUCAAUCAUUCAAGGCACUGGAGGACUAAGAUCCUCCUCAGGCUCCAAUUCAGAAGCAGAAGAUUUUAUAAAUGGGGGCAAACACAGUGAGGUUUAUUUUCCAACUUUAACAAAUCUUCUACAGAUGGAGAAGACCACAUUCCAGGAAUUUUACAGCCAUGAAAACAGUUGUCCACUUAUGGAUGAGGGAUCCAGGUAUGGGCAUAAGCAGUCCGAAUAUAUAGAGCAUGGCCAGAAAAUGUCAAGAUUGGACAGAGAUGAUUCCAAUGGACCUUCUGCAUUUACUUAUCCAAACAAUCCUGACAAUUUACAAAUGCAAGUACAAGUGGCUGCUUCAGAUAACUACCAUUCGCACAUGAUCCCAGACACUAGAGUACCUGAAGUAGAGGAUUUUGAAGCAUUGAGUGAGGAAAGCAUAUCCCCCUGGUCUUCAACUGCAAAAGAUGCAAAUGGCAAAGGCUUUAGGACCAAAGUACAAGAAAGAAGCAGAGCUAAAAACACAGUGCAACAGAAUGGGCAAUUGCAGUGUCAAGAUACCCCAAGAAUGGGCCCAUAUGUACCAUUAAGCAACCACUCAGAGCAACAAGAAAGUAUUUCUCAACCAGUACUACACACUGUACAUAAUCAACCAUCCUGCCACAACCAUCAACAUGAUAUGAAGGCCCUUCAAUUGCAAACCCCAUCAUUUACAGAACCUGUACAACCUGCUGAUGCACUGGCUAAAAGCCAGAAUAAUGCCAUGCAGCAUGUCCUAAGUGUCCCUAAACUCACUGAAACUGCAGAGGAGAGAAACUCUGUAGUAAAUAAGCAAAUACACUUGGAAAAUGGAUUGUUUGAACCAAAUUCAAAUGGGCAAGCUUAUUCUUCUGUUCAAGCAUAUAGUGGAACAAAUGCAAAAAUUUCAAAAGCAAAAAAAGGAAAGGUGGAGAACGAGAAAAAAAGUACAUUCGACUGGGACAGUUUAAGAAUGCAAGUGCCAGCCAAUAGUAGGAACAACGAAAGAAGCAGAGAUGCACUUGACUCACUGGACUAUGAAGCAGUAAGAUGUGCAAAUGUUCUUGAGAUAUCUAACGCUAUAAAAGAGCGGGGGAUGAAUAAUAUGCUAGCAGAACGAAUCAAGGCAUUCCUAAACCGAGUGGUUAGUGAUCAUGGAAGUAUCGAUCUGGAAUGGUUAAGAGAUGUUCCCCCUGAUAAAGCAAAGGAUUAUCUGUUAAGCAUACGAGGGCUCGGGUUGAAAAGUGUAGAGUGUGUGCGGCUUUUAACACUCCAUCAUCUUGCUUUUCCAGUUGACACUAAUGUUGGAAGGAUAGCAGUUCGAUUGGGCUGGGUUCCUCUCCAACCCUUGCCUGAGUCACUUCAGUUACACCUCCUAGAACUGUAUCCAAUGCUGGAGUCAAUUCAAAAAUAUUUGUGGCCAAGAUUAUGCAAACUUGAUCAACGAACACUGUAUGAACUGCACUACCAGUUGAUUACUUUUGGAAAGGUUUUCUGCACAAAAAGUAAACCAAAUUGCAAUGCUUGUCCAAUGAGAGGAGAGUGCAGACACUUUGCAAGUGCUUUCGCAAGUGCAAGGCUUGCCCUGCCAGGGCCAGAAGAGAAGAGUAUUGUGAGUUCAUCUGUUCCCAUUGCAACCGAGAGAAACCCUGCAGUAGUCAUCAACCCCAUGCAAUUACCUCCACCUGAGAACAACUCACUGAAAGUAACAGGAUAUGAAAGCCGCACAUGCGAGCCAAUAACAGGAUAUGAAAGCCGCACAUGCGAGCCAAUCAUUGAAGAACCAGCAACACCAGAACAAGAAUGCAUAGAGGCAACAGAAAGCGACAUUGAGGAUGCAUUCUAUGAGGAUCCUGAUGAAAUUCCUAUCAUCAAACUCAACAUUAAAGAGUUCACAACGAAUCUUCAAAAUUACAUGCAAGAGAACAUGGAACUUCAAGAAGUUGACAUGUCCAAGGCUUUGGUUGCCAUAAAUCCUUCUAUCCCUACACCCAAACUGAAGAAUGUGAGUCGGCUACGAACAGAGCACCAAGUGUAUGAACUUCCAGAUUCACAUCCACUCUUGGAGGGGAUGGACAGACGAGAACCCGAUGAUCCAAGCCCAUACCUUCUUGCUAUAUGGACACCAGGGGAAACUGCAAAUUCAAUUCAACCACCUGAAAGAACGUGUGGAUCACAAGAACCUAACAAAUUGUGCAAUGAGAAGACAUGUUUUUCAUGCAAUAGUGUAAGAGAAGCUAAUGCACAAACAGUCAGAGGGACACUGCUGAUACCAUGCAGAACAGCAAUGAGAGGAAGCUUUCCACUCAACGGUACCUACUUUCAAGUUAAUGAGGUAUUUGCAGAUAAUGAAUCUAGCCAGAAUCCAAUUGAUGUUCCAAGAUCAUGGAUAUGGAAUUUGCCAAGACGGACUGUAUACUUUGGAACCUCUGUAUCAACAAUUUUCAAAGGCCUAUCAACUGAGGGAAUUCAAUACUGCUUUUGGAAAGGAUUUGUUUGUGUGAGAGGAUUUGACCAAAAAACACGAGCACCGCGACCUCUAAAGGCCAGAUUGCACUACCCAGCAAGUAAGUUGGUCAAAACAAAAAAUGAGAACAAAAGAUAAACUGGCCAUGAUGCAGAGAUGAUUACCUGCAGAAGGUACAAACCGAGGUUGUUGGAACAAAACAAAAAUGUUGCUGACUGAGAGAGAAGGAAGAUCAUUUACUAACAGAUUGUUGUCCAUUCAAUUCUUCUUCUAACAUAAGAUGCAGUUGCUCCAAGUUAGCCAGGCAACAGAAAUUUUCAAGUCAGUGUUAGAUCCUCUGACAAAAAAAAAUGUAAUUUGAAAUUAUGAUCAUUAUUUCAUUCUUGCUCAAAACAGAGCCAUUCUUCAAAAA